AUGCACGCCAACAGCACGUGUCAACUGCUGACCAUUGGCGGCGACGACGACGACAAGCGCCGCCCUAGCACAGUCUCAGACACAGACGCACUUGGGGACUCGCCGGGCAAUAAAAUUCCCGAGAGUGUACUGCAGAACGCCAAUCGUAGACGCAUGGUCAAGCACGAGGAAGCGGUGCCGCACAUCUUCCUGUACACCGACAGUCCCAUCGACAUCGACGAAAAUGGCCUGUUCACUUUUUCACCAGGGCCACGGACAAACCUCAACGGCGAAACUGCGGGAUGCACUGGCUUGCUAAUACCUUUGGGGUACUUGGAAACGGGUUAUACCAUGCUUAAUCUUGUGUCGAGUAAUUUUGUGUGCCAGCCAGAGCAGCUCAAGGAGGCUUGCUGUACCUGGGGGUAG